GGAGCUCGCGCGCGGUGGCGUCGGGGAAGCGGUAGCAACCACCCUCCUCCUCUCGGCUUCUUCUUACGACUUUUCUUUUGUUGUUGCCUUGACCCGGGUCUGUUUUCUCCGCUGUUGUUUAAGGUGUUUUCCUGCUGCACCGGCUCUACGCCUUCCACCUCCUUCCCUGUGGUUUUAACCUUCCUCUUUCCCCGUGUACCUUGCACAGAGAACUACGUAAAGAUUUGCAUUUCUUCCCCACUACCCACUCGGCACCCCCGCCUCCACCUCUUUGAAAAACAAAACACCAACCUCUCAAAACCUCUAUGGAUCCUCCGGUAGCGAGAUGUGAAGGGGUUGAUUUGUGGAGUGGGAGUCCCUGGCCCAUUGCGGUGCUUGGGGCUCAUUAAACUGUCACUCACCCCCCACCCCACUGGUCUGCUUUUUUUCCACCGAUGUAACAGACCUGGAGCCAGCAAGACUCAGAGGAAAGGACUUAAUCAGGUUUAUGUGUCCUAAAGGUUAUGAAGACAGUAUGGAGUUUCCAGACCAUAGUAGACAUUUGCUGCAGUGUCUGAGCGAGCAGAGACACCAGGGUUUUCUUUGUGACUGCACUGUUCUGGUGGGAGAUGCCCAGUUCCGAGCCCACCGAGCUGUACUGGCUUCAUGCAGCAUGUAUUUCCACCUCUUUUACAAGGACCAGCUGGACAAAAGAGACAUUGUUCAUCUGAACAGCGACAUUGUUACAGCCCCGGCUUUCGCUCUCCUGCUUGAAUUCAUGUAUGAAGGGAAACUCCAGUUCAAAGACUUGCCCAUUGAAGACGUGCUAGCAGCUGCCAGUUAUCUCCACAUGUAUGACAUUGUCAAAGUCUGUAAAAAGAAGCUGAAAGAGAAAGCUACCACUGAGGCAGACAGCACCAAAAAGGAAGAAGAUGCUUCAAGUUGUUCAGACAAAGUUGAGAGCCUCUCUGAUGGCAGCAGCCACAUGGCGGGCGACUUGCCCAGUGAUGAAGAUGAAGGAGAAGAUGAAAAAUUGAACAUCCUGCCCAGCAAAAGGGACUUGGCGGCUGAGCCUGGGAACAUGUGGAUGCGAUUGCCCUCAGACUCAGCAGGCAUCCCUCAGGCUGGCGGAGAGGCAGAGCCACACGCCACAGCAGCUGGAAAAACAGUAGCCAGCCCCUGCAGCUCAACAGAGUCUUUGUCCCAGAGGUCUGUCACCUCCGUGAGGGAUUCGGCAGAUGUUGACUGUGUGCUGGACCUGUCUGUCAAGUCCAGCCUUUCAGGAGUUGAAAAUCUGAACAGCUCUUAUUUCUCUUCACAGGACGUGCUGAGAAGCAACCUGGUGCAGGUGAAGGUGGAGAAAGAGGCUUCCUGUGAUGAGAGUGAUGUUGGCACUAAUGACUAUGACAUGGAACAUAGCACUGUGAAAGAAAGUGUGAGCACUAAUAACAGGGUACAGUAUGAGCCGGCCCAUCUGGCUCCUCUGAGGGAGGACUCGGUCUUGAGGGAACUGGAUCGGGAGGACAAAGCCAGCGAUGAUGAAAUGAUGACCCCAGAGAGUGAGCGUGUCCAGGUGGAAGGGGGCAUGGAGAGCAGUCUGCUCCCUUAUGUCUCCAACAUCCUGAGCCCUGCGGGCCAGAUCUUCAUGUGCCCCCUGUGCAACAAAGUCUUCCCCAGUCCCCACAUUCUGCAGAUCCACCUGAGCACUCACUUUCGUGAGCAGGAUGGCAUCCGCAGCAAGCCCGCCGCCGAUGUCAAUGUGCCCACGUGCUCUCUGUGUGGGAAGACUUUCUCGUGCAUGUACACCCUCAAGCGCCACGAGAGGACUCAUUCGGGGGAGAAGCCCUACACAUGCACCCAGUGCGGCAAGAGCUUCCAGUACUCGCACAACCUGAGCCGCCAUGCUGUGGUGCACACCCGCGAGAAGCCGCAUGCCUGCAAGUGGUGUGAGCGCAGGUUCACACAAUCUGGAGACCUGUACAGACACAUUCGCAAGUUCCACUGUGAGUUGGUGAACUCCUUGUCGGUCAAAAGCGAAGCACUGAGCUUGCCUACUGUCAGAGACUGGACCUUAGAAGAUAGCUCUCAAGAACUUUGGAAAUAAUUUUAUAUAUAUAUAUAUAUAUAAAUAAUAUAUAUAUAUAUAUACAUAUAUAUACAUAGAUCUCUAUAUAGUUGUGGUACGGUCUAAAAGCAGUCUUGUUUCCUGGAACUAAAAAGUUGGGAUCUUAACUUGUUUUUGCACUUUAGAAUAAUAGCAUGAGAAUCUCACUAAUUUAGCAUUCUGAUAAAAGAAACUUUUUAGAGCAAGUCUGAGAAUAGAGAGGUGUCUUUCCUUUGAGGGGUAGACAAAGUAAGCCAAUAAGAAACUUCUAAACAAAUCGUCCUAUCACAAAAAUGCUUUCAUACGGCUUAAUUUUGUCAACGCAGUGUUGUCUUUUGAGCUCUUUUUGUGCCCCACAUUUGUUUUGUUUUGUUUUGUUUUUGUUUUUUAAAGUAAAGAGAAAUUCCCUCCAGUUUUAUUAGCCUCUAUGUCUCAAAUUGCAUGAAUCUUUUCUGGCUGUUGGAAACCUGAAUGCUUUUAGACCCAAAUGGAAAAUUUCUGAAAUGCUGGAUUAUCUAUUUUUAAACAAGCAGUUGACUUAAAACUUUCUGUGGCAACUUCUGGUUUUCUGACGGUUCCCAAUGAGAGAAAUUCUGCAAGUACACUGGGAUCACUGGGAUACUGUCUUUGUGAAGGUUUGCUUGGGAUGAAAAAGGAUAUUGCAGCUUCAGCAGUGUUGAACUGUGUGUUUAAAAAUGUGAAUUACUGUUCUUGUAUACUGUAAUUGAUUACAUGGGCUGGGGGGGAUGUCAAAGAACUUGACAGGUUGUGUUGAUGCUCUUAGUUGAGUCUUGAAAAGUAAAUAUUAACGCUACAGAAAUGCAUGAGUUCAAUAUAUUUUUUGUCUUUGUUUGCAUUGUAUAACUUUAACGAGUGAGUUUAAAAUUAUUUAAUUUCCUUAGAAAAAUAGCACCAUUUGGAAAAAAAACUGGUGUUAUGAAGAUCGUAAAUGCACUGUUUUUUUUUUAUUUUAUAUAAUUUAAAUUGACUUUCCCACUGUCUUUAAGUUGAACUGUUAAGCUGAAUAAAAACUUAAGCUGCAAAUUGAUAACUUUGCUACAUAACAAGGAACAUAUAAAUGUUUACAAACGGCUUAAAGAUUUGCAUGUGCAGUGUGCAUUUAUAACAAACUUCUAAUUGCACAAAACCCAUACCAGCUCAAAGUUUAGGUGUACACAUUUACCCAGUUGAGCAUUUUUAGAAUAACUACUGCACAAAUUGACAAUAGGUCAUUUUCUCUGUUUUUUUGCUCCUC